ACACUUGCGACAGAAAAAACAAAAGCUCCAUCAUCAUGGAAGAAUGCAAACCCUGUCACAUACUGUUAAGCUCUAUCCAAGAAAGGAGAAAACAUUAGCGAAAACCCACACCCCAUCUAUAACCACAGAGCUGAGAUUCCAUGUCCUGCUUCCCCAACCUCAUAUAGUGCACCCUCCCCUUUCUCUUUCUCUCUCCCUCUCAAUGUUUCGUAGAUUCCUCACCACUUCUCUCUCUCGCACCAAUCCUCCCCUCCUCCUCAACCGAAAACCACUCAACCCUAAAAUCUUCACAACCCCCAAUUCCCUCAUCCAAACACGCCCCAACCCGAAAUUCAUUCUCCAAUUUUCUUCAAACCCACGAUUCUUCUCCCAAAUGAGCGAUGCUCGACGACCCGGUUCGGUUCCCAUACCCAACAUCGAAAAAGCCGAUCGCGCCGAGCUUCUUCGUGCUCUCGAGGCCUCUAUUGGCUCAGCUUUUAGCCCUGAGCCACUCUGGCCCAAUCCCAGUCCUCUGGUUAUUGUCAUAAGCGGUCCAAGCGGUGUGGGCAAGGACGCUGUGAUAAAAAAGCUUAAGGAUUUGAACGAACAUUUGCAUUUUGUGGUCACGGCGACGAGCCGGGAAAUGCGGCCCGGUGAAGUUCAUGGUAAAGAUUAUUACUUUGUGAGCAAAGAGGAGUUUCUUACAAUGGUUGAGAGAAAUGAGCUUUUGGAAUAUGCAUUGGUGUAUGGAGACUAUAAGGGUAUACCAAAACAGCAGAUAAGGGAUUAUAUGGGAAAAGGGUAUGACAUAGUUUUGAGAGUUGACAUUCAGGGUGCUCAAACUUUGAGGAGGAUUCUUGGGAAUUCGGCAGUUUUUAUCUUUUUGAUGGCAGAGAGUGAAGCCAAGCUUGUGGAGAGGUUGAUUGAUAGGAAAACUGAGACUAAGGAGUCUCUUCUUGUUAGAAUUGCCACUGCCAGGGAGGAGGUGAAGCAUGUUAACAAUUUUGACUAUGUUGUGGUCAAUGCAGAGGGGAGGUUAGACAAUGCUGUUAAGUUGGUCGAGUCCAUUAUCGACGCAGAGAAAGCUAAGGUCCGGCAGAGGCAUUCUGUGAUAUAGCUUUGGCGGUAAUUGAGGUAUCACGUAUGUACUAAAGGCAAACCACAUCCGAUCAACCUACCUAUGCCCCAUCUUUAGCUUAAUUGGUUCUCUAGCUAAGGGGCUAUUUGGUUUUGUUUGUCAUUUGGAGGGCAAAAAGUUACUGCACGAUUUUGUGAAGUCUGGAUCUUGUGUGUUGUAGUCAGGUUUGUUAAUGGCUAUGGUUCGAGACUGUCACUGCCUGAUCACAAACAUCAAACUGAUGAGCAGUUGAUUUUCCUAGGAAUUAGAUCCUGCAUCAUACAUUACAUUUAUGUUUUGCGAUGUGUAAAUGGUUAUGGUUCAUGAUGAUGUUUAAGUUCAUCAUUCAAUCCUACCCCUUUGUCAUCUUUUUGUUUGUCUUAAAUGUUUAUUGAUCGAGAACUGACAUGUGCUGAAUUGCUGGCAUUGACUUCCACUUCCUCUAAUAUUUCUUUAUGCUUAUCAGUCCAA